AAAACUAAAGAAAAAAAAGGAAGAAGCUGCGAGUAAACUUUUUCAUCUCAGAGUUCAAGGGGAUUGUCAUGGAUGGAGGACGACAAGGUGGUGGCGGUGGUUUUGGUUAUGGAAGUUUAGUCCGUAAGCCUCCGCUCUUCAAACCAACUCCGCCAUUAUCCGCUAUAGAUAGGUUCUUGUGGGGUCCAAACCACGCCACCACCACCCAACACCAGCCGCGGAAAAAUGUUGAGUUUAAAGAUCAGACAGUUAGUUUGAAACAUGGGUUGUGUGGUUUGUCUUCCUUCGGUGGUGCAGUUGGCGGCUUUGGAGGUGGAGUUCCAUGGCUAAGUAAUCAAGACGAGAGGUAUGAUAUUGAUCAUGUCGAUGUCGAUGGGGACGACUUCAUUUGUUUGACACGUAGUGAUGAGAUUAUAAACCCUAGAAUGGAUGUUAAGAUAGCAGAUCAAAAGGGUGAUAAAGUUAGUGUGACGAAGAGAAGUAAGAAAGUUUCCUCGGUAGCUUUGAUCAAGGGUCAAUGGACAGAUGAAGAAGACAGAAAAUUGGUGAGAUUGGUGAAGCAAUAUGGAGUGAGAAAAUGGGCGCAGAUCGCCGAGGAGAUGGUGGGAAGAGCCGGAAAACAGUGUCGGGAGCGGUGGCAUAAUCACUUGCGUCCUGACAUCAAGAAGGAUAGCUGGAGCGAGGAAGAAGAGAGAAUGCUAAUCGAAGCUCACGCCAAGAUAGGCAACCGGUGGGCAGAGAUAGCCAAACACAUCCCUGGAAGAACUGAAAAUUCCAUAAAGAAUCAUUGGAAUGCUACAAAGAGGAGGCAGAACUCUAGGAGAAAAAACAAGCAGCAACCAAAAACCCAAAACGGCGGAAACCACCAAUCCUCCAUCCUCCAAGACUACAUAAGAAGCCAGAGUAACUCCUCCACCCUAACCAACACCACGAAUGGCUCCUCCACGGCUGCUGCAGCCACCUCUUCUAGCUCCACAUUCUCUGAUGACUCCUAUCCUUUUAUAUCUCAGACUUAUGAUGAAGAAUUGCUUUUCAUGCAAACUUUAUUCGGAAACAAAACUAUGUCCCAGGUAGAAUCAUACCAUGAUCAAGUCAAUGACCAGCCAUCUCUACACUAUCAGAAUGUUCAGCAAUGCCCGAACGUGUUUGAUCUUGGGUUUUCCUCUUCUUCUUCAGAGAAUACUAAUUGUGUUCAAGCAGAGGAGAAGACUCACAGUACUGCUGCUCCCCUGUACUCUGACCUCUACCUUUCUUAUCUGUUGAAUGGGUUCGUUGAGGCACCUUGUUUGUCUCCCAUGUCCAUUAGCCAUGGUUAUGAUGAGAUGAGUUUAGACUUGGGGGCACAUCAAGAGUACUCUAAUGGAAAGAGGGAGAUGGACUUGAUAGAGAUGGUCUCUUCGUCUCAAUUCUCAAGGGGGAGCUUUUAAUUAAUGUGUAUAUAUAAUCCCAGUUCUAACAUUUUGUGGAAAUGGGGGAUUUUCUGUUUGGAUAGAACAAAAAGUGGUAUCAUGAAACCUUUCUUGAUUUAAUGCUACUUUGAGAACAAACGUGCUUGUUUUCU